CCAGCACGUUACGCAGUGCUUUUGUUUUAGCUCUGUGUGUGGUUGCUCUUAACCGCUUUUGAGUAGCAUAUAAACACCCUAGAAAUCAGCAAUCGCCCCUUUGACUACCGAUACAACCAGUGACGCACUGUCAACAAGCUUUAAUGCCAAUCAACGGGGACCGUGCAGACGCACUUGCUGUUGAAAAGCGACAGGUUGUUUCCGGCAACGGUAAUAGCAUUCUAACACGACGGCCAGCCAAACUGCUGAUUACUAGACAAAACCGCAACACGGUGCUAUGAAUCUAUGUAUGCGCUUCAGCGCUGUGGCAGUUGCAUCUCGCGGCGAGGAUGAUGUCCCAUCAGUUAGGGAAUCCUCGGUGGUGCGCGGCCGAGCAGCUGAGCUACACCGUCAGCUGAGCCAUCUGCGGGAACCUGUCAUCGUCCCUCGCGAUGAGUUUACCAUCAACCUCAACUUCGAACGCUCGGGACGGGAGCCCAGCGCAGAUGCCUCCGUCAGACCCACAUCCAGCAGCCAUGCCAGCACCUCAAGCUCAACCGCCGCCGUCCCAAAAGACGGUGUCGGCCCCCAACCUCCCAGUCCCCCACCAACAGCGACCCCGGCACCAGCACCUGAUGCUGGGCAGGAAGCCAUGGAUGGCGUCAUGCCCAACGGGCAUGGAGCUGCUGCAGGAGAUGAUGCAGCGCUGCCGCUUGGGGGCUCAGCGUCCCGGCGAGGCUUUGUACGCGUGAAGAGCGUCAAACCGCCGGAAGGCCUUGCUUGGACGCACAGCCGACGCUGUCUUGAGCUGCUUAUCACAGCAGAACGAGACUAUAACAACAACAUCAACCGCACCGCUAGCAGCGGCGGUGACGGCUCGACCGUUUACCAAUCCCACGAACAGCGGUUACGGGAGCGGUUAGAGCGGUUACAGUUGGAGAUGCUGAUCGUUGCCGGCGACGGCAACUGUCAGUUCCGAUCCAUUAGUAACGAACUGUACGGCAGCCAGGCACAUCACGCGAUCAUUCGCCGCCAUGCCGUGGAGCACAUCGCGGCCCGGCGGGAGGUGUUCGAGUGCUUUCUGGGGGAGGAUUUCGACGACUAUGUGCAGCAAAUGGGGCGAAGCGGCACGUGGGGGGACGAGUUGACGCUGCGGGCCGUGUGCGACUCGUACGGCAUCAUCGUGCACGUGGUGACCAGCGACGAGGGCAACUGGUACCUCACCUACAUGCCCGAGUGCCGCAAGCUGGACCGGGAGAUAUUCCUCACCUACAUCGCACCCAUCCACUACAACUCCAUAAAGCGGCAGUCAUCUCUCAAGACCAUGGCACUGACGCUGUCCCGCAGCUUCAAGAGCCUCGGCAGCAGCAGCCUCCGCAAGCAGCAGCAGCAGCAGCGGGG